AGGAUGCUUGGUCGUCUUUCUCCACAACGCUCAUGGCGGAAGGAACCCGUCUGCAGUCUUUAAUUGGCGCAUUCUAUGGUGCUAGUGGACAGAACUAACAAUCAGUUGUAGAAGCUUAGACGACUUGAAGUCCGACGAUGGAUGUGUUGUGUUGGUACAAAUCAUUACCGCUCAUCCUUUUGAUACGUAAUCUUCCUGGGGUGUCACCACAAGUCGCUAGUCGUGGCAGAUGUUUAUGAACUAUAAGGGCUGGAUUUGACUCUUUGAAGGCUUACCUUACGUGGGAAGAAGUGUCGGUGUGAACCCAAUCUAAUCGAGGAGAUCGGCAUCAAUAUUGUCCCUCUAGGCAGGUUGAGUCAUGUAAAUUGGGAUUCAUUUCAACGCUUAGGCCAACUGCCACAGUUCUAGGUUUGAGCUCAGUUUAGGCCUGCCUGCCUGGUUUGGCAUCCUCGGAUGCAACCUGCUGCAACAUUUGUUGUGUCGUCUCUAUUAGGUAUUGUCAGUGGCUCAACUUAGGUCAUUCGGCUACAAUCGACCGAGGAACAAUGGAUAGAAGUGGCCAAAGCAUGCUCGAGUGUGGCCCUAUAGGCGUUUCACAUUGCUCCUUUGUUCUCCUCGCCCAUAUAUACGCAAACGCUAGGGACAUCUUAUUCGCUUCCCUUUCUACCUUCCCAACUUCUACACCAAGACCAAGAACCCCCGUCGUUCCUACUUCAAGCUUCAUCUAUGUUUGGCCUCACUGGUGGCCGUCGACAGUUUUAUGGCAUGCGUUGGCCACGCAAAGAAGAUGGCCCUGCACUGCCUAGAGAUCCACCUCCCACGGGUUACCGACCUCCAAACGGACUCAUCUGGGGCCAUGACAUGUCGGAAUUCUGCUGGAUCAUGCGAUGGCCUAAGUUGUUGAUUCAGACGAUGUGGUCUCGUUCUAUGAUUCGCGAAUUCGGGGAGUUGUUUAGCAAGCACCUGGAAAACAUUUUCUUCGAUAACCCGCAUAUCGAUCCGAAGCCGAGGAGACGACGACCUUGGCCUGUGCUGAAGGCCCUUAAGGGAAAGGUUGGGAAGGUGGCUUAUGAUCCUCCUCUUGGCUUCAUAGAUGAAGGCUCUGAUCAUGACGAAGCUAAUUCUUGGGAUGCUGUACUUCAAGACUCUGACGACGAAGAAUCAGGAACUUACUCUACGGCUCCUGAAUUUUCCAGCAAGAAGGAAUGCGUCUACAUUCCUCUGUCUGCGAUUCAAACUCCCUGGUGGAAGGAUGUGAAACAGACGCUCGUCAGCGUAUCCAAUAAACCUCGUCGCGUCCGCUUCGUCGUUCGGAGGCCAUCCAAAGUCCCUAAAAGGAAACAAAUUCAAGCGAAACCUACUAGCGAAGACGAUGGGGAAGAUGCUGAUGACGAAGGAGACGAUUCAAUGGACGUCGAUCCAAACCCACUAUCUGUUGUGUCUUCUGGCGUAUUCUCUGACUCUGGUGCGGACGGAAAUGUCUCUGAACCGUCGGAGCCGCCGAAUGCAAGUAAUUUAUCCGACAUGUAUUCGCUAGAUGGUAUUGCUGUGCUUCAAGAACACAUCCCCGAGGCCCAUUUCCCGGACAACCUCGUCGUUCAUGACCCUUUCGACGUCUCUAUGGGCCAUCUGAGGGAUGGCCCUUCUCGCCCAAAUCAUAAACCUAGCAGUCCUGCUGCCGUGCUCUACCGACGUGUCUAUCCCGCCCCAGGUGCAUUCUCUCGCUCCAAGUCUAGACGAAAUGUUGGUCACCUCUACCUCUCGCCGGAAAACAAGGCCGGCAUCGGGCAUCAUUCUGUCGUAUAUGCCGCUCCCUUUCGACUCCCUACCCCGCUUUCGACUUUUAAUUCGGCAUCUGCUAGACCUGGGACAGCGCGCAUUAUGGCCAAGGUGGCGAUCCAAAACGAGUUUGCAAGAGAGCUACUGAGAAACGAAGGCGAAAUCUAUGAUUCAUUCCCCCGGUUUAUGUCUGAGGAGUGGUGCGGCUGGCACCUUCUCUCGCCACAAAUGCAGAGUCCUGUUCCUAGUGUGGCUGUCACGCCCAAGUUCUAUGGCUAUUACGUUCCCAUCGAACGACCGGGUGACUCAAGUAUCCCGAGCUGGAGGCAGCGAAGUCCCAUUAUGUUGGUCGAAGACUGUGGAAAGCCUAUCACGGCUUGCAAGCUGAGCGUUGAUGAACGAGCCGAGUGUUAUUCCUUGCUGAUGCGUCUUCACUUCAUGGAAUAUGUUCACAACUCCUUCAAGGAGCGCAAUAUUCUCGUUCAACCUGGCCCCUUGACUGCUCCGCCUGAAGCUCGUUCAAUGAAGAAUCCCAGUUUCCGUGUAAUCGAUUUCGGGCGAACCCAGUUAUGGCAGAAGCACCUUGAGAAGGAAAUCAAAAGACUGGUCAAGGCAGGGAAGAAGCGCGAGGAUAUUGAUACUGGCACAGGCCAAAAUUCUUCGAUUUGGAGGUCAUAUGAGAGUGAGAUGACCCAGGAGAUGUGGGAGGCGAGAACAGAGCUUCUUUUCGAGCAGCUUGAGAGUAUCUGACGACGCAGUCCCGCCCGAUUUGAUCAAGAAUUAUAUGGUUUGCUCUAUGCUAUGUUGAUUAUCGCUCUUUUUUUGUCUUUGGAGAUGUAUGGAUCAGACCGUGGUGGGCGGAGACAAUUUUGAGCGCCAGCUUCGACGGAAAACAUACCAGAUUUGGAUUUGGCGCUUGAAUUGUGCCAACGACGUCUUUCACGCUUGAUCCUUAGCCUCGUCUGUAUCUCAAAAGUCUCUCUACGAAAAGUAUCUAAUACCCCUCAUAAUAUGCUUGCUCG